AUGAUCCCGACCAAGGAGGAGGAGGUUGAUAAGAUAGAGGAAUUUAGUGACAGGCUUGCGAAUAUAGUUCUCGAUGCUGGAGGAAGCGUAAGCGGCGAGCACGGAGUUGGUCUUGGGAAGGCCCGCUAUGUGGAGCGCGAGUUCGGCAUGACGGGUAUUAAAGUGAUGCAACAAGUGAAGCAAGCGUUGGAUCCUCGCGGAAUCAUGAACCCUGGAAAGUCCUUCUACAUGAGAAGUCGACUUUGA